CGCGACCGAACGGAAGCGGCCGUUCGCCCCCCCCCGCCGCCGCCGCAUCGCGACCCGUCGACGUCUCGCGCCAACCUCUGGUGGGAAUUCUCCUCACGCGAAGCCGGUGGUGACGGGUUCUUGUUUGUUUCGUUUUAAGUUUUAAACAACGAAAAGCAACAAACAGCGCAACAGCAACAACAACAACAACAAGCGACGUUUUACAUUACACACAGACUUCGACAUGGCCAAGGCAUUGACGCGCGAGCAGGUUGAGCGUUACGAGAAGGGAAUCCAGGAGGAGCCUCGCUACCGCCUGGCCCGCAACUUUGUCAGCGCUCACGACCCGCUCGAGGUGUGUGCGGACGCGUCGGUGCUGCGCUCUGCCUGCCACGUCUACGCCCACUGCAUCCCCGCCGAGGGCAAGCCCACGAGUAACCAGAAGAACUCCGGGAGGUGCUGGAUCUUUGCGUGCCUCAACGUGAUGCGGCUUCCCUUCAUCAAGAAGUUCAACAUCGAGGAUUUUGAGUUCAGUCAGACGUAUCUCUUCUUCUGGGACAAGGUGGAGCGUUGCCACUAUUUGCUGCGGGCGCUGGUGGAGACGGCACAGCGUGGGGAGGCUGCUGACGGGCGCCUGCUGCAGUUCCUCCUCUCAAACCCCUGCAAUGACGGCGGGCAGUGGCACAUGCUGGUCAACCUCAUCGAGAAGUACGGAGUGAUGCCCAAGAAGAAUUACCCAGAAUGCCACACGUCGGAGGCAUCGCGGAGAAUGAACGAAAUCCUCAACCACAAGAUGCGGGAGUAUUGCCUGCGGCUGAGGAAGAUGGUGGACAAGGGCUCGGGAAUGGAGGAGAUUGAUCAGGAGAUCGAUAUUAUGGUGGAGGAGGUGUACCGAGUGGUGAGCAUCUGCCUGGGCUGCCCGCCAUCAUCAUUCACGUGGGACUACAAGGACAAAGAGAAGGCCUUCCACAGCCUGGGGCCACUCACGCCGCUACAAUUCUACCAGCAGCACGUGAAGCCCCUCUACGACGUGGCCACCAAGGUGUGCCUGGUGAACGACCCGCGCCCGCACAACGAGUACGGACGCCUCUACACGGUGGAGUUCCUGGGUAACGUUGUGGGCGGUCACCCCACGCUCUACGUCAAUCAGCCUGCACAGCUGCUCAAGAGCCUCGCAGCCGCCUCCAUCCGGAGCGGAGAGGCCGUGUGGUUUGGCUGCGACGUGGGGAAACAUUUCCACGGCAAACUGGGCAUCCACGACAUGAACUUGUAUAACCAUGAGUUGGUGUUUGGAGUCUCCAUCAAGUCGAUGACCAAGUCGGAGCGACUGAUCUACGGGGAUUCACUCAUGACCCACGCCAUGGUGCUCACAGCCUACUCCGACGUGGAGGGGAAGGAAGGUGCUGAGUAUGAGAAGUGGAGGGUGGAGAACUCGUGGGGCGAUGAUCGUGGAUGCAAAGGCUACCUGUCCAUGUGUGAUGCGUGGUUCUCUGAGUUUGUCUACGAGGUGGUGGUGGACCGCUCUCUGUGCCCCGAGGCGGUGCUGGCGGUGCUGGCCCAGGAGCCACACGUGCUGCCGGCCUGGGACCCAAUGGGGGCCCUCGCCUCCUGAGGAGACACACACAGAGACACACAGACACACACACAGACACACACACAGACACA